AUGGACUUUGAGGCUCCACCACCAUUCGUUGGAGCGUUGGAGGAGCCUCCGGAUUCGGAAUGUGACGCUCGGCUUACAGUCGACGACGAGGACGACAGUAUACGGGAACUCGAAAUUCCUUCUGAUCUGCCCUGCACUUCCAGCACAGUGUCUUCUCCUGCCCCCAGUCUUUGUUCAGUUAAACAAAAAUCACCGCAUUCAAAUGUAGAGUGCCACACUGAGGUGUCUGAUGAUCAAAAUCCUGAUCAUUGUACGAAUGGGAUAGCAGACGAUGAAGAAGACAUACCAACUGCUUCGGACUUUCUUGCUGACGACAAAGAAGAAGACAGGUUAGCAGACGACGAGGAGGAAGAGAGGUCAGCAGGCGUUAACAUCGAGGGAGAAGAUGACUUUGACGACGAUUUCGGUGACUUUGCUGGAAUCGAUACUGAUAUUCCUCAUCCAGAACCUGCAGGUUCGUCGUCGGAGUUACCGCCAAAAGAAAACAGUGCUGAGGGUUGCAAUGAGCCGGAUCAAUAUGGUUUGGUAAGGCAGCCGAAUGCUGUUGGACGCGGCUCAUUACCUCCGCUUUCAACGUCCACUGUUCUGGAACCAACACCGUUCACUGCUAAUGGAACCACGUACAAUGUGAAAGCACCAAGGAACGCCCCCGCAGCCGAGCUGCGAUCCAGACCAAUGAAAGACAUUUUAAUGCGUUAUUGUGGGCUAUUUGCUUAUGCAGCUUAUCGUUCUUCUGCUCUUCUUGACGUGGACUUUCUUUCGGCAAAUAGUGGAGGCGGCUGUUCGUCAACUAUAUCCACUUUACAGAAAGAAUUAGAUCAGCUCGGGCUCACAUCCACUGAACCUCCCACAUUACGGAAACCGGCUAGUCAACCAACAAUGUUGGACAUGUUGAUGGCGUCGGCCACAAAUACAUCAAAACGCAACAGUCGGCAGCCAUCUGAGUUAUCGUUGGACGCGCGUGCCCUACACGAUCAAUUGCCAGAUCUUGACUUUUUGCGAGCCAAUAUGAUCAUGUUUCCGUUGGGUGGAAAUCGAUCCAAUGAAUCCUGA